CUUAUUUCGAAUUUACUUCUGUGCUUUCCAUUUAAACAUUUCAUUAUAAUAAGUUUCUCGUUCCAAAUUAUCAUUAGUUUUCAAUCUAUCAUUAUACAACGAGCACAAUCCGUACCGGGCUUACGGCUUACGAAUCACGCACACUACGAACCACGAGACCAACAACUACCUCGGUGCAGCUACUUUCACUAUGUAUUCGUUCUAAAAAGGUUAGGCAAGCCGUGAAAUUUGGCUGCUUUCUUUUAUUUUUAUUGAAUCUGACAUAUAAAUAAAUGAAAGACCUUGUGUAUGUGGAAAUAUAGAAGAUGUAAAAAAAACCAAGUAGUACCUUUGUUAUAAAUCAUACAUAAAAUUUGACUAAAUGUGUAUGACAGAUAUUUGCAUUCAACUUGUAUGAAUAUAUAUAUAUGUACACUUAUUUUUCAAUAAUAAUGACUAAACGUAUAAAAUCAAGAAUUUGUUUGCUGAAAGAGACUAACAACACCAACACCGAUGAAGUUCCAGUCAACGAUACCAUGAAGCUUGAGCCAGGAAAUGCUUCCCCACAACGUUCCUACAAUGUGAUUGUUUCUGGCCACAGUACACCAAUUCAGAAAGAGAAGUUUGCGAGCAACGUAGAAGAUUCCCCUGAACUAGAUUAUAGAUAUAGCCCAAUUUCAAUGUCAUGCACUCAAGAGGGUGGAAAUGAAGUUGCUUGGGAUUGGCAUACACCUGUCAAGAAAAGUUCACAUGACAAGUUGAAAUUAGAGAACAAUGUGAUUGAGACACCCAAAAGGACCAAGCAAUUGCAGAAGAAACGGAAUUCUAAUUCUCCUUUAGUACGUAAGCCUCUUAAAAUGAAGCAAGUGAAAAUAGCUGAUAGAGAAGAUAUCGGGAAAUUCACAGCUGAAUUGAUAGCUUUAAAUGAGAAGAUUGGAAGCAUACAACAAAAUUGUGACGGUGAUAGGAACAGUGGAUUUGACAUAAGAUGUGAACUUGACAGUAAAUUGAUGAUAGAAUCGGAUAAUGAGAGCAACGACAACAUAAUGGCUAAUGAAAACAUAGAUGUUGAUCACAAUAAAGCAGAAGUAAAAGAAAAUAUAGAUUCUGUACAUACUAUUAAUAAUAAUAACGUUGAAAAGAGUACGAAUUAUCAAGAUUUAUUUGAUGAUUCGAUCGAGGAUUCAAUGGUGAAGUGCAGUCAAGAAGUUGAAGAAAAAUUUAAUUUGCAAAAGAAACCCGAUACGAUGCUGUUGUCCACAGUGAGCGAAAAGAAAGAAUCCUCCGUAUCUAAAAACGGCUAUCGUUACUCGACAUUUGACAGCUUUACUGAAUCCUCCAAAAGUUCUGGUUCUCGAGUCUCUUCAUCUAAUACAAGCAGCGAUUUAAAGACAUAUUCUAAUAGCAAUACUUCAACUUCUCGUUCGAAGCUUUUCAAUAUUACUACAAAUAUUUUAGAGACUAAACAAAUGUUGGUAGCUUUUGAAAGUAAGAGUGAAUCUGCCGAUUUCCCAGACGAUUCGUUUGACGAGUGUUUGGCGACGUGCACGGUUAAAGAAGAAUCGAAAUCCAAUUCAAACUUAUCCGUGUAUGAUUUUUAUCCUUCCGGGUCUACUAGAAAUCAUUCUGAUAUUCGUAAACAAUAUUCCCCUUCCAAAUCGACUAAAAAUCAAAGACUUACAAGUGAAGUACCACCGCGAGAAUCUCCUACUUUAGAAAAUAGAAAAUUCUUUAAAACGAGGAGCCUAUCAGAUCAAUGUUCCAAUCAAAGUAAAAAGAAUAUUGAUCUAGCGACUACGGUAAAAACAGAAAAACCGUCAGUAAGUAGUAAAUAUCCGAGCCCGAGUGAUGAAAAUCCGUGUAAAAAUGAUAAUUUUCCAGCGGUUAACAGUACGAAAAAUGCUAAAACGUCGAGCACAUUACAGGAUGACAGAUUAAGUGGCCAUUGUAUUGUUAAAUACAAAUCAACCAGCAGUUUACUUAACACUAAGCAAGUCAGAGAUUCGAAUUGUAUAAAAUGCACACCCGAAGAAAUAGAAAGAAAGCGAUUAGAGGCAAAAAUGAGGCUCGAGGCGAAACGAAAGACACAGCAAAUGAGAGUAAUUAGUAAUCAAUCUGGUGCAACUGUGAAGAGGUGAUAGCGAUAGUAAAAAAAAAUAUUAAUUGAUACAAUUAUAUUUUUUGCAAUUGUUCUGCUCAUCCUGUCGAUCUAAACUCUGGAGAAGGGGUCAAUUAAUCGUAUUUAUUCCCCACAACCGUCAAGCAUUCUGAAAUCGGAAUCUCGUUCUUUAGAUUGCUAAUGAUACAUUGAUUACUAAACGUAUUUCUUAGAUCGUAAUACGUAUGUAUUGUAAUAUGUACCAUUAAAGAGCAUAAAAAUCGAAAUAAACAGCGAACCGUCUUGUAAAUAAUUUUAUUCCCCCUCUAUAGUUCAGAUUAAAAGUACAGUAUGCGUGUGAAGUAUGAAUGAGUGUGCGGUGGCAAUGCCUGAUCACAUACGGUCUGUACCUGUACUACUUAAAUUCGAGCAAUGUUAAGAACACCGAUCGAUAAACAAUUUGACUCGUUGCGAGCGAUACAACUGAGAAAAGAGCGAUUUUAAAUUUAAUGUAUCGUAAAAAGACUUGGAUCCAAUAAAUAUAAAGAGACAUGCAAUUGAA